CCGUCUACUUACAACCGACCAAAGUUCUAUAAACAUCAACAUGAGUCAGCAAAAUGGCAAUGAAGGUGAUUUUGUUAAUAUAAAAAAAAGUUCUGAAAUUUCUUUCAUCGCUACACCUGAAAAAGAUCCUAAUUGGUUUUCCAUCGAGCUGAGCGAUAAAACGAACCCAUCAAAGCCUUUUUUAACUAUCAAGGUCUGCUAUAAUCAAGACGGAUACAAGAAUACAGUGAUUUUAACCAGCUCGUCAGGCUCUCCGACAUUCAUUGGUGACAAUUUUCUUUUUGGGAAAAACCAAUUUACAUUGAAAAUCACAUUUGACAAUCUAAGCUACUUCAUCAAAGUGGACGAAAGACCGCUGGGAAAGAUUGCACUAAACAACGUAGACGUGGAAAAAAUCACCCACUACAAAGUGAUGGGAAACGUGACAGGUAUCAAAACCAACGUGAAUGAGCAGCCACAUAUUAGUGCCAAAUGAUGAUUGCAAUGAGCAUUCAGAGGCUGUGACAUCGUCUGUAAUUGUUUACCCCAACUACAAUACAUUUUUUUUUUAGAAAAUAAUGAAAUAGUAAAGAAGUACAUACUUCCUAAUUUUG